GGCUUCGUCUGCCGUGCGCUAACCCGGAGUAUUUUGGUCGUAUUGAUUCAGCAGCAUUGCGUGUAAUCGGGUCGUUUGGUAUGAUGUCAUGCCGCUCGUAGAAUAAUUUUAAAAGUGACGUUAUUCUAUUUCUACGUUGGUUUUAGCAGAAUAAACACUGCCUCUGUGAUAUUUGGUAUUUAGUGCAUUUGUAAAGAAAAUCAUGACUUACUACGAACACAGGACGGCCGGUGCACUACCACCACCAGCUCUGUCCGACAAGCUGAGGUUAUACCAUGUAGAUAUGAACCCCUACGGUCACCGGGUGCUUCUGAUCCUGGAAGCUAAGAAGGUCAAAUACGAGGUCUACAGGCUGGACCCUCUGCGGCUGCCGGAAUGGUUCAGGAUCAAGAACCCUAGAUUAAAAAUCCCAGUCCUCGAGAUUCCCACAGACCACGGCGACAAAUACCUGUUCGAGAGCGUGGUCAUCUGCGACUACCUAGACGAGAAAUACGUGCGGAACCCACUCCAUUCCAGGGAUCCGUACGUAAAGGCGCAGGACCGGUUGCUGAUUGAGAGGUUUAAUGAGCUAAUCAAAGGCAGCUUGGAGUGCUUCGACACAAACUUCGCGUUCGGCAGCGAACAGAUCGUGCAGACUUUGGACAUAUUCGAGAAGGAACUGGCGUUAAGAGGCACGAACUACUUCGGCGGCAACAAGCCAGGCAUGCUGGAUUACAUGAUCUGGCCGUGGGUAGAACGCCUGUACCUGCUACGGUGCGUCAACGAGGCCAAGUUCGACGAGAAACGGUCGCUGUUCCCUAACUUUGCGGAUUGGGGCGACCAAAUGCAGCUGGAUGACGUAGUCAAAAAACACUCCAACUCUCCAGCUGAGUACUUUGAGUACUACAAGAAUGCGCGGGCGCACUCUAUGGGGUACUACUUGUAAAUAAGGUCUGUGCACAGAUGAGACAGGUCUGUGUUAUAAAGCCUGGUCCGUGAGCACGUAGAAUUUUGUCCAAUGACCCCAAGCUACCCAUCCUUAUCGCUCGCGCGU